GAAAUAAUGAAGAUGAAUGAAUCCAAAGGGAGCCAGGUGACUGAAUUCAUUCUCAUGGGCAUCACAAACCGUCCUGAGCUGCAGGAACCCCUCUUCGUUGUGUUUCUCUUCAACUACAUGGGCACAACUAUGGGGAAUUUGGGCCUGAUCAUCCUAACUAUUAUUGAUUCCCACCUGCAAACCCCUAUGUAUUUUUUCCUCAGGCAUCUAGCAUUUGUUGAUCUUGGUUAUUCUACAGCUGUUGGCCCCAAAAUGCUGAUGAGUUUCAUAGUUGAGAAAAAUGUCAUUUCCUUCAAUGGAUGUGCAACACAACUAUUUUUCUUUGGGAUAUUUAUUGCCUGUGAACUUUUUAUCCUUUCUGCCAUGGCCUAUGACCGCUAUGUGGCUAUCUGUAAACCCCUCCUCUACACGGUUAUCAUGUCAGACACAGUAUGUUGGAUCUUGGUGGCUCUUCCCUACCUCUGUAGCAUCAUUGUUUCCCUAUUGGUCACAAUAAAGCUUUUUAAAUCAUCCUUCUGUAAAUCACAUACACUAAGACAUUUCUACUGUGAUAGUCUCCCUCUAAUGUCCAUUAUAUGUUCCGACACAAGUGAGGUUGAAUUAAUUAUUAUGACCUUUGCUGCUUUUAGCUUGGUUUCUUCCCUUUUGAUUAUCCUUAUCUCCUACAUCUUCAUUCUUGUGGCCAUUCUCAGGAUGAACUCUGUAGAAGGUAGAUAUAAAGCCUUCUCUACCUGUGGCUCUCACCUCACAGGGGUGGUUGUAUUCUAUGGGACACUUCUCUUCAUGUACUUGCAGCCCCAUUCUAGCCACUCCUUUGAUACAGACAAAAUGGCCUCAGUGUUUUAUACACUGGUCAUCCCCAUGCUCAACCCUUUGAUCUAUAGCCUGAGGAACCAAGAGGUGAAAGGUGCAUUGAAAAGAGUCUUUCAAAAAGUGAUAUAA